GUUUUGUAAUUGUUACUUCUAAAACCGGAAGCGCAAUUAGAACCAAGCUUGCACAAAAAUCUGAAACAGCCGGCACAUGAAAACUUUGUGGAGUGACUAUUUAAUUUCUUUAAAAUUGUGAUUAAUAUUUAGUAUUUAUUCUGAAUAAGAAUGAAUAUAACAUCUGCAGCGGGGGUCCUGUCCUUGCUGGAUGAACCAGAACCACAGCUGAAGGUGUUUGCAUUGGAAAAGCUGAACAAGAUUGUGGAUUUUUUCUGGGCUGAAAUCUCGGAAUCCAUUGACAAAAUUGAGGUUCUGUAUGAGGACCCGUCCUUCAAGCAGAAAGAGUUGGCGGCCCUGGUAGCGUCCAAGGUGUACUACCAUCUGGGUUCAUUUGAGGACUCUCUGACCUACGCCCUGGGGGCAGGCAACCUGUUCAAUGUGAACGAUACCUCCGAGUAUGUGGAGACCACCAUUGCCAAAUGCAUUGACCACUAUACCCGUCUUUGCGUUGGCAAUACUGAAGGGAGCGAUGAAGACCGUAAGCCAGUGGACGCACGCCUUGAGGCCAUUGUAAACAGAAUGUUCCAGAGAUGUUUCGAUGACAAGCAGUACAAACAGGCUGUUGGAAUUGCACUGGAAACCAGGAGGAUUGAUAUCUUUGAGCGUGCCAUUCUAGAAAGCGAGGACGUGAACUACAUGCUGACAUACAGCCUCAAGGUGACCAUGUCCCUGAUCCAGCAUCGCCAGUUCCGUAACACAGUGCUGGAAGUGCUUACCAAGUUGUAUAUGGGCCUCGCAACACCAGAUUUCAUCAACGUCUGUCAGUGCUACAUAUUCCUGGAUGACGCCCAGUCUGUGGCAGAAGUGUUGGAGAAAUUGGUCAAGGGGGAUGAGAAAUCUGUGCUGAUGGCCUACCAGAUAGCGUUCGACAUGUACGACAGUGCGACCCAGCAAUUCCUUACUCGCGUACAGACCCCCCUGAGGGCCGCGGCCCCUGUCCCCACCCUGGAGAAGGAUCCAGAGACAGGAGACAAGAAACCCAUCCAGGCUUCAGACGAGUCAGAGAAGGACGAGGACACCACUGAGGGGACAUCAAUGGACACAUCUGAAUCAUCCAAAGAUGCAAAAGAUGCAAAAUACAAACAUCUGUCAGAGCCAGAAAGGACACUUCAAGACCGGCUAAACAAGUUGACUGGUAUCCUAAGUGGGGACACCACCAUAGAUCUGCAUCUACAGUUCCUGAUCAGAAACAACAAAACUGAUCUACUCAUCCUCAAGAACACCAAGGAUGCAGUACGGAACUCUGUCUGCCACUCCUCCACCGUGAUUGCCAACGCCUUCAUGCACUGUGGGACCACAUCCGACCAGUUCCUCAGAGAAAACUUGGAGUGGCUGGCUAGAGCAACCAACUGGGCAAAGUUCACAGCCACAGCCAGUCUAGGGGUCAUACACAAGGGUCAUGAGAAGGAGGCAUUAAACCUGAUGUCCACAUACCUCCCUAAGGAUAACAGCCCGGGCUCAGCAUACUCUGAGGGGGGCGGGCUCUAUGCUUUAGGUCUUAUCCAUGCCAAUCAUGGUAGAAAUAUAACCGAUUAUCUACUCAAUCAAGUAAAGGAGGCAUCCUCAGAUAUGGUGAGACACGGUGGGUGCCUGGGUUUGGGACUGGCUGCCAUGGGAACAGCAAGGCAGGAUAUUUAUGAACAACUGAAGUUUAACUUGUACCAAGAUGAUGCAGUGACUGGGGAGGCUGCUGGUAUAGCUAUGGGUCUUGUGAUGGUAGGAACAAAGUCAGCGCAGGCCAUUGAAGACAUGGUUGCUUAUGCCCAGGAGACUCAGCAUGAGAAGAUCCUGCGCGGGCUAGCCAUUGGUAUCGCGCUGACCAUGUAUGGGCGCAUGGAGGAGGCUGACGCGCUGGUGGACAGCCUGUGUCGAGACAAGGAUCCCAUCCUGCGCUGGUCCGGCAUGUACACGAUAGGGAUGGCAUAUUGCGGCUCAGGCAACAACCAGGCUAUACGCAGGCUACUGCACGUUGCUGUGAGUGAUGUCAAUGAUGAUGUCAGAAGAGUGGCCGUCACCUCGCUGGGAUUUCUGCUGUUCAGGACUCCCGAGCAGUGCCCCAGUGUUGUCUCCCUUCUGUCUGAGAGCUACAACCCCCAUGUGAGGUUUGGAGCUGCUAUGGCGCUGGGGAUUGCCUGUGCAGGCACCGGACUCAAGGAGGCAAUCAGUCUUAUCGAACCCAUGACCAAUGACCCUGUGAACUACGUCCGCCAGGGGGCGCUGAUAGCCUCAGCCAUGAUCCUUGUCCAGCAGAACGAUGUCACAUGUCCCAAGUCGAGUCAUUUCCGCCAGAUGUACAGCAAGAUCAUCAGUGACAAGCAUGAUGACAUCAUAGCCAAGUUUGGGGCCAUCCUUGCACAAGGCAUUCUGGAUGCAGGAGGCCGUAACAUGACGAUAUCCCUGCAGUCACGCACAGGUCACAGCAACCUGGAGGCCAUUGUGGGCAUACUGGUGUUCUCCCAGUUCUGGUUCUGGUACCCGCUGACCCACUUCCUGUGCCUGGCCUUCACCCCCACCUGCACCAUUGGGCUCAACUCGGACCUUAAGAUGCCCAAGUUGGAGCUGAAGUCCAACGCGAGGCCAUCCAUGUUUGCCUACCCUCCAAACAUGGAGGAGAAAAAGGAGAACAAGAAGGACAAAGUAGAGACCGCCAUCUUGUCCAUCACGGCCAAACAGAAGAAAAAAGAGGCAGAAAAGAAGAAAGAAGAAGAAAAGAUGGAUGUGGACGAGAAGCCAGACAUCAAUACAGAAAAGAAGGGAGACAAAUCCGCCGACAAGGGAGAGAAAUCCAGUGGUGAGAAGGAGACAGAGGAGGAAGGGAAGAAGGAAGAAGAGAAAAAGAAGGAACCCGAGCCCAACUUUGAGAUGCUGAACAAUCCAGCUCGUACCAUGCUGGCACAGCUGAAAGUCCUGUCAAUGACUGAGGGAAGUCGCUACCAGCCCCUCAAAGACAUCUCCAAUGGAGGUAUCAUCGUCUUGGGCGACAUUAAGCAGGGGGAGAAAGAGGAGAUUGUGGAACCUGUGGCUGCUGGUGGCCCCAAGAUAGAGGAUGAGGAGGAGGAGCCUGAACCCCCAGAGCCCUUUGAGUGGACUGAGGACUAGAAUGGCCACGCCUCCUUGGGGUCACACGACCUUUACAGUGUGUCAACAUCUGUCAGUCGAACCUUCAUAGAACCUGUGCACUGUAGAAACUUAAAAGCUUUGAAUUUUUUUUUUAUUGAAAUUUAUAAGAGCAUAAUGAAAUUAAACCUUUGUAGACCUUGUUGUUCUAUAGAGACUUAAAUGCAUAGAGAGACCAUCUCUGAAUGCUGUUGGUUUUGUAACUUUAUAAGGUAAUAAUGAAACAUGAAAUUAAAUUAGUGACUUGUGUGUUCAAAUAUUUUCUAUAGUCAUGUUUUGUUAACUUAGAACCAUGUUGUUUUGUGUUUCCAUACAUAGUUUUAAAACCUCAGUAAAACAAAGUGAUAUAUAAAUAUACAUUAGAAAAGAAUAUAACAUUAACUUAAAACAAUCUUCGUGUUGAUAAAUAAAUAUUGUCAUAACAUCGAUAAUUAUAUGUAUAUUUCUUAGCUUUCUUGACUUUUCAAGAUGUAUAGCUCUGCUCUACAAUGUAAGAAAAAAAAUCCUUUUAAGAUAAAAAUAAUAAUGCAUGUUAAAAUAUUUUAAAAGAAAGAAAUAAACAAGUACAAACAUCAA